AUGUCGUUCAUUCCUUCGACCAGAUACUUGAGGUCCUCUGACGGUGCUAGGAUAUACGCCGAGGCGGUCGGGGACUCCCAGAAACCGAGCCUUGUAUUUACCCAUGGCGUCUCGCUCAGUGCGGCCAUUUUCGACGACUUGUUCCGGGAUGAACGACUUCUUGACAACUUUUAUCUAGUCAGAUACGACAUGCGAGGACAUGGAAGGAGUGACAAACCCGAGACAAUGGAGGGGUACCAGUCCCACCUCUAUGCGGACGACUUUUCCGCUGUGGUAUCUGCUUUCGACCUCGUCAAACCUAUUUUCGUUGGCUGGAGCCUCGGAGCAACCGUAGUCGCCGAUAUCUGCGCCAACAUCCGCCCCCUACCCCUCGCCGGCGCCGUCUUCAUCUCCGCGCUCCCUUACAUCGGCCCUGUCAUGCAAUCCGUUGGCAAGCCCGACAUCCUUUCCGUCAUCCCGCAGAUGCUCCCCUCCUCCACAGCCUCCAUCACCGAGGUCAAAUCCCUCCUCGCGCGCUUCGUCGACUCGUGUUUCAACGACCCCGACCGGGUGCCGUUCGCUGUCAAGACGGCAUGGAUCGGCAUGACCGCGCUGCAGUCCCCGACUGUGACCGGGCUCGUUUUCUCCCGCCCGCAGGAUCCGGCGCCCUUGUUCGAAGCCGGAAGGAAGGGGCUCCCGCUGCUCUGCGUGUGCGGCGCCGCCGACCCAUACGUCGACGGGCAGGCGGUCGUCGACGAGAUGAGGCCGCACUUUCCGCAGCUGAGCGCGGUGAGUGUGGCCGGCGGAAGCCACGCUGUGUUCUAUGACCAGCGCGAGGACGUCGUGCAGGCACUGCUCGAGUUCGGGAAGAAGAUAUACGGAAAGAGGAUUACAGUUACACGCAAGAUUUUGGUGGGCAAGAAGAUAUGGUCGACGAGAAAGAAGUUCAGUUUCGACCAUGUUGCGUCGUCCUCCCCGACGCGAUGAUUUCGACUGGAGCAGUCUAUGUCCGCACGUCCAUCCAUGAAGUAAUACGCUCCUUCAACGAACAAGUAUGACCCCGUACGCGUAAUGUACCGCUCAUUUAAUCAUGUAUCGCAUUCCCCGCCCGCAGUAUACCCUUCGUCGCCUUGUGUAGUCACGCGUAGCCAUAUUUGUAGAGAUAAGAAAGUCUUAAUUUCCCGCUCCUUAC